UUCUAAAGGCAUAUAUUGAUCUCUUAACAACAAUCUAAGGGAUAGGUUUUUGUGACAUUUCGAUGCUCAAAUUGCAGCGAGUCUCCAAUUACAGGAACCGAAGGAGGAGAGAAAGAAGCAAAAUGUGAAGAUAAAGAGGAUAGACCAAAGUGGCAUGAAACUCAGAACUGAACCAAACUUCAAAUUGUGUCUCAGUAUUCGAAAAUGACAUUGAUUCUUUGUCCUUGUAAUUCCCUUUACUUUUCCAAGUCUUUGUUUCCUCUUAAUCACCAUACCAGAAAUUUCAGCAACACUUUCAAGAACAAGCCACCCACGAGCCCCGUGAAACUCCCAUCUCCAACACCCCAAAAUUUUUGCCCUUUUACAAAUAAAUUUGCAAUUUUUGGUGCUACCCAUGUUCCAUUUUGCUCCAGGGACGAUGAAUUUGUGGUUGAUGAUAGUUUCCAAGAGCUUGAAACGCUUGAGUUGCUGGACAAGCCGUCACUUGUUCCCAUUAAAAACGGGUCCUCUUCUGAAAUUGAUGUGCACAUAGAUAAAGAUUCCACUGAAGAUGAGGCUUUGACACCCUUUUUGAGGUUUUUCAAAGUAAGUGGUGAUUUUGUGGUGGACGAGAAAGAAGAUGGUGGUGGGGUGUUGGAAUUGGAAGGUUUUAAGGAAAGAGAUGAUGUGGGUGAUGAGAGUGAAGAAGGUGAGAAGGUUGGUGCUGAGUACUAUGAGCCCAAACCUGGGGAUUUUGUGGUUGGUGUUGUUGUUUCAGGUAAUGAGAACAAGCUGAAUGUGAAUGUGGGAUCAGAGCUACUAGGGACAAUGUUGACAAAGGAGGUGCUUCCCUUGUAUAGUAAAGAGAUGGAGCACUUGUUGUGUGAUGUGAACAAGACCGAAGAGAGUUUUAUGGUUCAGGGGAGGAUGGGGAUUCUGAAGAAUAAUGAUGCAAUAAAUGAGAUGCCGGUGCCUGGAGGAACUGUUGUAGAGAUUGGAACCAUUUUGUUUGCCGAGGUUUUGGGCAGAACACUUGCUGGUAGGCCAUUGCUUUCUACCAGGAGGCUCUUCCGCCGGAUUGCCUGGCAUCGGCUGAGGCAGAUAAAACAGCUUGGUGAACCUAUACAAGUUAGAAUCAGUGAGUGGAAUGCUAAGGGCUUGCUGACAAGGAUUGAGGGUUUGCGAGCUUUCCUGCCCAAAGCUGAGCUUGUGAAAAGAGUAAAUAGCUUUACUGAGUUGAAAGAAAACAUCGGACACCGUAUGCAUGUACAAAUUACUCAACUAGAUGAAGAUAAAAACAAUUUGAUACUUAGUGAGAGGGAAGCUUGGGAAAAGCUAUAUCUUCGAGAAGGAACACUUCUUGAAGGGACUGUAAAAAGGAUCCUUCCUUAUGGAGCCCAAAUAAGGAUAGGAGAGACGAAUAGAAGUGGAUUGCUACAUGUUUCAAAUAUCACUCGAGCCCGAAUCACUUCUAUUAAUGACAUACUUGCUGUUGAUGAGAAGGUUAAAGUUGUGGUCGCAAAAUCCAUGUCUCCUGAUAAAAUUUCUUUAAGCAUCGCGGACCUUGAAAGUGAACCUGGUCUAUUUGUAUCUAAUAAAGAGAGAGUAUUUCUGGAGGCUGAAAUGAUGGCAAAGAAAUACAGGGAAAAGCUACCUCCUGCUUUUAUCUCUCAACAACCAGAAAGCCUCCAAAACAAUGUCCUGCCUUUUGAAAAUGAAGCACUUUAUGCUAACUGGAAGUGGUUCAAGUUUGAGAGAUAGUGAUGAAACAAUUAACUUUAAAGCAUAACACUUUCGCGGGCAAGCUUGAUUUUGAGAACCUGACAUUGCAUAAGAAAACAUUAUGAGCCUAUAACAGAAAAGCUUUUGAUUUAGUCUCUAUUCAUUCAUAAGUUGAUUGGCAUUCAUUGAAGAGCACACUAGUACGUGGUUUAAAUAGAUCAUAGAAGUGUUGUAUGCUUUCAGUUUUUUUUUUUUUGUCUUAUUAUUAUUAUUUUUAAAAUUCCUGUCUUUUUAGCUUGUCGAUUAAUGGGUAGAGAUUCAUGUGCCUUGUAAAUUUUUUGUACAAGUUAUAUUUGCAUUUAUUCACCUCAA